AUGAGCCCCGUCUCGGAAUCCAGCUUGCCACAGGCACCUCACAAUGAACGCUUAUCCAUUCUGCAGGGCCCCUCGCAACCAGAAUUAUGGGAAACCACCGUUGGCGAUCUCGCCGAUGCUCAAGCUGCAAAGUAUCCUGACCGAAUUGCCGUGGUCAGCUCGUGGCAGUCGGCUCGUAUUACUUAUCGAGAUCUCUCCAGUCGAAGUAAGCUUGUCGCGAGAGCGAUUCUUGGAGCAAGAUUACAGCAGGGGGACUGCAUAGGCGUUCUUUCUGGUAACUCAUAUCAGUACCUUGAGAUCUUUCUCGGAGGGGCUCGCAUUGGCUGCCCUGUGGUAACUUUCAACAACACAUAUUCUCCCCAGGAAUUGCAUGCCGCAGUUCGUCAGAGCGAUUGCAAAUUGCUGUUCAUCGCCCAUAGCAUCGGCGGCAGGCCGAUGAGAAAAUAUGUCGAGAAGCUACUCCAAACACAAUCAGAGACGGUUCUUCAACGCAUCACCAUUAUAGGCGAAUCUGAAUUCUUAAGAAAUGAGAAUGGUACUCUGAUUAGUUCAUAUGAACCAUUCCUUAAAGAAUUGCCGCAGGAUGUUGACGAGACAGCUUUGGACAAGGCGCAGCGGAAUGUUCAUCCGUCCGACAUUCUGAAUCUUCAAUUUACAUCCGGCACGACAGGUCUGCCGAAAGCUGCUUCCCUCACACAUCUCAACUUGAUCAAUAAUGCCAGAUUUACGGGCCAUUCCAUGCUUUUGACACCAGACGACGUCGUAUGCUGUCCUCCCCCACUCUUCCACUGUUUUGGCCUUGUCAUGGGUUUCUUGUCAUCAUUCUGCUACGGCAGCGUCUUAGUCUUUCCAUCUGAUAGUUUCAACGCUCUUAAAACUCUCGACGCAUUGGUGAAAGAAAAAGCCACUGCCUUACUUGGAGUCCCGACCAUGUUCAUUGCCGAACUAGAAGCCUUGGAAGAAUCAGGACACCGAGUCACCACUGUUAGGACAGGUUUGGCUGCUGGCUCACAUGUGGCUCCAUCGUUGAUGGCCCAGCUCCGAGAGAAGAUGCAGGUGAAGGGGAUGCUUAUUGCCUAUGGAAUGACUGAAACCAGCCCUGUCACAUUUAUUACCUUGCUCAACGACACAGAGGACAGGAUGUUCCAUAGUAUUGGGAAGCUAUUUCCUCACACCGGCGCAAAGAUUGUUGACCAUGAGGGGAAAAUUGUCCCCAUAGGAACCAAGGGCGAAAUCUGUACGAGCGGAUUUGCCUUACAGAAGGGCUACUGGAAGAAUGAGGAGAAGACGCGAGAAGUGAUGAAGUAUGACGACGACGGCGUUCGGUGGAUGCACACUGGCGAUGAGGGCUUCAUAGACGCAGAUGGAUAUGGCCACAUCACCGGCAGGAUCAAAGACACUAUCAUUCGUGGUGGCGAGAAUAUUUCUCCGGGGGAGAUUGAAGACUGUCUACUUGACCAUCCUGAUAUUCGGGAAUGUUGUGUCGUUGGGCUUGCUGAUCGAAAGUACGGUGAAGUUGUAGCGUGUUUUCUAAGGAAGGCCCACAGCAACUCACCAAGCCUGCCUGACGCAGCUAUUCGUGCUUGGGUAGGAAAACGGCUCGGACGAAUCAAGGAGCCCAAGCAUAUAUUCUGGCUUGGUGAACAAGGUGUGGGUUCAGAUUUGCCCAAAACAGGGAGUGGCAAAUAUCAAAAACACUUGAUCCGUGCCAAGGGGAAUGAGCUGUUGAAGAAGUCAACAUUGGCGAGAGUGUGGAAGCUCUGA